AUGGAAAACGCCUCGAUCCCACAGGAUUGGGUGCAAUGCAAAAGAUCACCAAGUCAAUCCUCACCCACAGUCAGCAACACCUCAGAAGCGGUUGACAUUUUACCAGUGUCCUCAAGCUCUGUUCGCCAUGUCGUUUCUGAUUCAUCAGAAAGUCUCAGAAAAGGAAAGUUGGUUAGUGAAGUUGUUCUUGGUGAUAUACCUCAAAAAAGUCCAGUACAAACUGUCGCUGAGAACUAUCUUGGUUCCUCUUUGUCGAUCCAAAAGAAAGAGGCCAAAGCAAGAUUGAUGAUUGAACACAUUGAGAAACAUGCCAAAGAUAUCGGAGAGGACCCCGCAGAGACAGACAGAAAAGUAAAACAAGUUAUUGAUAAUACUUUUAAUUAA